AAUUGAAAAAAAAUACCUUACAGAAUUUAUACAAACAUAUUCAAAAAGAGAAACCUGGUCUGGAGACAUAUCUUAUUCAAAGCUUUAUAGUGUCUGGACCGAAAUUAAAAUGGAUUAUGAAAAUGAAAAUCCUCAACAGAAAGAAAUACACCCCAAAAAUAUAAGUAUUACGUCACCAGUCGCUGGACCAUCGAGACGUCAAUGGGAAACACCUACCCAAAAAUUGGAAUAUGAAAAUCCUCAACAGAAAGAAAUACACCCCAAAAAUAUAGGUAUUACAUCACCAGUCGCUGGACCAUCGAGACGUCAAUGGGAAACACCUCCCCAAAAAAACAUUCGCUACUAUGAAGAAAAAGAAUCAGAAGGGUUUAAAAUUCCAACUCCAUUUAAAAAAUGUUUAGUAUUUCCUCAAACGCCUGAUGGAACUUUAAAAACACCAAAACACAAAAGAAAAAUAUUUCCUGCAGUAGUUUCAAGUGCGAAAUAUCGAGAAUUUUACGAGAAUGAAGUAAAGAAGAAGAAUGGUCCGAAAAUAACAAAAAGAAAACAACAAAAAACAAAUACAGUCAACGAAGAAAGCAGCUCUAAUUCAGAUAUGGACGUUACUUAUCUCGACGAAGAUCUUGAUCUUAGUGAAAAUGAAAACAUCAUACUAAAGACAAAUCAACAUGUUAUUGUCAAGUACAUGGAUACACAUUAUCCAGGAAUAGUUCUGAAACAUGAUGAAUUCGGGGCAGAUAUCCGAACUAUGGUUAGUGCUGGCAUAAAUUCCUGGAAAUGGCCAGUUAAAGAAGACGUAUUAUAUUACUUUAUUGAAGACAUAGUUUGUAAUAUAAAAGAACCUGAAGUAAAGAACAAUAGGGGUCAUUUUAGUGUGCCUGAAAUGGCAAAAUAUAAUGGUGUCCAUUACUAAGUCCAUAAUAUGUCCAUUACCCAUGUUUUGUGACCAUUACUAGCUCAUGUGCUACCUUUUUUUAAAUAAGAGAUUUUCUAAAA